UUAAAACCUUAAUGGGCCUUUAGAUCCAACAAAAACCCAAAACAAAAUGAAGGCAAAAGGAAAACCCUAGGUUUAUAUAAAGAAGUUUUCUUCACCUAUUUCGUUCACGACGCCGAAACCGCAAGUGCUUAACUGCAAUGACGAAGGGAACGGGAAGUUUCGGAAAGAGAAGGAACAAGAGUCACACACUCUGUGUGAGAUGUGGCCGUCGCAGUUUCCACAUCCAGAAGAGCCGUUGCUCCGCCUGUGCCUACCCCGCCGCUCGCAAGAGGACGUAUAACUGGAGUGUGAAGGCAAUCCGUAGAAAGACUACAGGAACUGGAAGGAUGAGGUAUCUUCGCAAUGUGCCUCGCAGGUUCAAGACCGGUUUCAGAGAAGGUACCGAAGCCAAGCCAAGGAACAAGGCAGCUGCUUCAUCAGCUUAAACCCGUGUAUUGAGUGAGUGUUCGCAGGAAGAGUUUAAACUUAGUUUUUGGGCUUCUGAGUUUGUUCGCAAGAUUACUUUUUCUUUAUUGAGCAUCUGAUUACUACUUUCCUUUGCUAUCUUUGUUUCUCCCUUUUUUAUAUAAAAUUUUGGACUUUGAUUA